ACAAAUGAUAAAUUUUUGGUCCAUUAUAAUGAUGUAUUAUCCGCUUGGUUAUAUAAGUAGCCUCUUGACGAAAGAAGGCCUCAGUGCAAUUCGUAAGAAAACUCGGAGGGAGUUUUUAAGAAAGUAAUGCGCUCCACUGGUUCGCAAUUAAUUUCUAGAACUGCAUCGUUUAUUAUCUUUUGAAGUACGAAGCAUAUUUAUGAACUUAUUUGAGAUGGCGGAAUCAACACAAAUGAAGGCUGUUUUCGUAGAAGAGUUUGGAGGGGCGGAAAACAUGAAAAUAAAGACAGACGCCCCUGUGCCCAGAGUUGUAGCUGGAAAGGUGCUUGUACGUCUGCAUGCUGCUGGUAUCAACGAGCUCGAACUUCGCAUUCGUUCUAGGGGAUGGAGGGGGUUCAUAACCCCUUUCGUUCUCGGAAUGGAUGGAGCAGGGGUCGUCGAAACCGUCGGCGAUGGCGUGAUGACUUGCAAGCCUGGAGAUCGUGUGUAUGUAUGUCAACCAAUAACGGGGACGUAUGCGGAGUAUUGUUUAGCAGAUGCAGAUAGGGUUUAUAAACUCCAUGAUAAACUCAGUUUUGAAGAAGGAGCUCUUUUACCAAUCCCUUACUUUAGCGCUCUUCGCGCUCUCACCAGAGCUCAUUUUCAACGCGGUGAUAGUGUUUUAGUACAGGGAGCUAGUGGAGCUGUCGGCCUGGCUGCUGUUCAGCUUGCGAGAGGACUUGGUGCUUCGCGUGUAUUUGGAACAGCUGGUAGCGAAAGAGGGCGCCAAAUUGUCAGAGAAAUGGGGGCGGAUGACGUAUUCGACUAUAAAGAGAGAGAUUUCAAAGAAACAGUAAAGGCGGCAAUCGGCCCAAAGGGAGUGAACGUUAUCUUGGAAACAAACGUCGACGUCAACUUCCAUUUCGAUCUCGAAAUCGUAUCCAAGCACGGUCACAUCGUGAUCGUUGGCAAGCGAGGAAUCACAUCAUGCGAUCCACAAGAGAUGGUGACAAAAGAAAGUACAGUAACCGGAAGUGCGUUGUUCUUCUGUGAUACGGAAGCGAGAUUGGACAUGCACGACACACUUUACCGUGGCGUGGAAGAAGGCUGGCUAAAACCCUACAUCGGAGGUAGAUUCAAACUUGAUGACGUCAUCGCUAGCCAUCGAGACAUCGAAACGCGCAGCGGAGCGACAGGAAAAACUGUACUUACUAUUGAAUAAUAUUAUUGACUUAUUUUUCUGCUUUGAGCACUAUAGAUUGUUUAUAAUUCAUUUGAUGAAAACAGAUGUGCAAUACAGCUUUUCAUUGGUUUUAUAUUUAAUAUGAACAAAUAAAAAAGGAUUAAUUUAUUUAUUUAUAUAUUUCAUAUUAUACACGCAUCUUUAUCAUACUGUAGUAGAUAACACAGACAAUGUAAAAAGUUGGUCUAUAUAAUUAUAUACUACGAAGAAGUGCAUAAUGAGCAUACGAAGGUGCUGCAACUUAAGCUUUUAAGGGAUGGUCCAGGUUUGAGAUAUUUAAAUCUCAAUAAAUAGAGUAAAAUUUACAAAGCAAAAUGCUGAAAAUUUUAUCAAAAUCGGAUAACAAAUAACAAAGUUAUUGGAUUUGCAGUAUUCUGACGAAACAGUUCUAGGCAUGUCUCUAUGAAUACUCAUUAGGUGGGCUGACGAUGUCAUAUCCCAACUUGUUCUUUUGUAUUUUAUAUAUGAAAUUAGGUUUAUUCAAAAUUGUUCUACCAAAAACUAAAACAAUUGGAUUGACAACUGAUUAAGUGCAUUAGUUGUUCAUUGCCGCAACUUAUUUCAUCAUAAUGGAGACACAUCAUUUACACAAAAAUAAUGAAACAUUCAUGACUUGGUUUUAAGAUUAAAUUUUUAAACUAUUCUUGCUCAUCUGUGCGUAACGAAUUCAUAUCAUGGUAUCAAAAUGAAGAGGAAAAUUUGAAUUUCAUGUUUUAAACGAAAUAGCAUAUUUUUUGGUGGAAUGUUGUAAAAAAUCACAUAGCUUAGCUACUAGAUGACUCCACUUUGCCAAGGGUUGCAUCCACCUUUUGUGAAAUUAUACACCCCUAAAUCUACGAAUGGCUGGGUCCAUGCUGGUAUAACGUAACCAUAGAUAUAUAUAUACUAAUAAUACAUCUCUAUGAACGUAACCAUGGUAUAAUCAUUUUGGCCGACUCCGAUGUUUUUUGACGAAACGUUGGUUUGAUGACUGGACCAUUCGUGGAUAAGGGGGUAUUUUACAAAUGGCGGACUCGAGCUUUCCCAAGUGACGUGGGAGAUAGCGAAAUAAAAAGCCAGUGCGAAACGCCAUAUAUCGCUCGUCGGUUCAAAGUAUAUUUAGUGAAUACGUGUAGAUAUGUAACAGUCAUGAACGUUUGUACAUUUUUCGCAUUUUUAGGUUUUUUUUACAAUGAACUUAUCCCCCGAUUUCAGUUAUUCCGAUACCUGUCGUUACAAUAAAGUAUAUAUUAAUAUUCAA